AUGCAAAGGAUUCUACGGCCUCAUUCGACACGGCCUUUCCUUCGACCCAGAGUAUUGCUUCGAACCUUGGCCACAAUGACCGCCGAAACGGCAGCGUCCCCUGCGACGGCGACGGCGACGGCAGCUGAGGGCGCUUCUACAAAGCCCAAGUUGCACGGCCGCGCCUUUUACGAGAGCAUCGGCAGCCCGAAAUUCAUUAUUGCGCCCAUGGUAGACCAGUCUGAGUUUGCCUGGCGCAUGCUAUCGCGAUCCUUUCUCUCGGCCGAAGAGCAAUCCAAUUUGCUCGCAUACACACCCAUGUUCCAUGCCCGACUCUUCUCGCAAGAAGAUAAAUACCGAAAGUCACACUUCCAGUCCACGCGAACGGGCUCCGACGAACCCUGGCUCGACGGCAAUCCCAAGAUCGACCGCCCCCUGUUUGUCCAGUUCUGCGCCAACGACCCCGACGCUCUCCUUGCGGCUGCUAAGCAGGUCGCUCCGUACUGUGAUGCUGUGGACCUGAACUUGGGAUGUCCCCAGGGCAUUGCUCGCAAGGGACACUACGGUGCCUUUCUGCAGGAGGACCAGGAGCUCAUCUUCCGCCUAAUCAACAUCUUGCACAAGGAGCUCUCUAUUCCCGUCACAGCCAAGAUCCGCAUGCUAGAAACCAAGGAGAAGACACUUGCGUAUGCACAGAAUGUUCUCAAGGCCGGUGCCUCUAUCCUGACAGUCCAUGGACGUCUGCGCGAGCAAAAGGGUCAUUUGACGGGUGUUGCGGAUUGGAACAUGAUUCGGUUCCUCCGCGAUAGUCUUCCACCAGAGACUGUCAUCUUUGCCAACGGCAAUAUCUUGCAACCAGAUGACUUGGAGGCGUGCCUGGAAGCGACAGGCGCCGAUGGCAUCAUGAGUGCCGAGGGAAACCUAAGCGACCCUGCUCUGUUUGCCAAGGCGCCGGCUGUGGGCGAAGAGGGCCGCGAGUACUGGCGCGGCAAGGAUGGCAAGGGUGGCUGGCGAGUGGAUGCCUUGAUGAGAAGGUAUCUGGAUAUUCUGCACAAGUACGCUCGUGGCCAAGAGCCUCCUGAGCGCCGUCCGCUUUUCGUAGUUGGCGACGACACGGCCUGGCUCGAGCCCAAGUCGGAUGCUGAGGAGGCAGAGUCCGAAGAGCCAGCCAAGAAGCGCCGCAAGAAGGACGAGGCACCGAAGCGCGACGAGCCCUCACCUAAUCUGACCGCUGUACAGCCUCAUCUGUUCCACCUUCUUCGUCACUUUGUCACCAAGCACACCGAUGUGCGCGAUAUGCUGGCCCGCAGCCGCAAGGAUGGUUUUGACGGCUACGAAAAGGUGCUAGCGGCCGUGGAGCGCAAGGUGGCCGAGGGCAUGCUGGAGUAUGAAAAGACGGACGGCAAGCAGUUUGCAGAGGAGAUUGCGAAUCUGAAGCCCGUGGGCGAUGUGCCUGAGGAGCAGAGCUCUGUGGGUGCUAUGCGCAGGUGUAAGCGGCCGUGGUGGGUGGCUCAGCCGAUUCUGAGGCCGUUGCCGGCUGAGGCGAUGGCCAAGGGGGCGAUUAAGCCGAGUAAGAAGGAUUUGAAGGAUGGUACUGCUGCUGCCAAGGCGGAGGAGGGAAAGAAGAGUGAAGAGGUCAAGACUGAAGAAGCCAAGAAGAGUGAAGAGGUCAAGACGGAAGAGGUGAAGAAGACGGACGAGACAAAAGAGACUACAUCUACAUGA